CAUCAUUAAGCGACAGUCAAACCUGUCAACAACGCCGUUUUUGUAAAAUACUUUAUAGCGUCAAAAUUUGUUUAGUAUGGCGUGGUUUCAAAAACUUUAACUUAGCAAUGUCAAUCAAGUAAAGGGCGGCAUGGGGGGCUUUGUGCCCGCGGCACUACUGGCUGAGUUUUGCCAAACGGACAAAGGGCAACCGUUCCCGUUGUGGCAGGAUGGACACGUGGGGAUCUGUUUCAAUCAGUUAGUGCUUGGCACCUUGCCCCACACUGUCAUGGCUGCCGUGGCUGGCUUCUACUUGGGCGUGGCCAGGUGCCGCUCAGCGCCGGCGCCGAUUUCUUGCGGCUGGACUCUACGGCUAUUGUCGUCCAUGCUUGCGUGGCUGUUGUUCGUCGCCGAUGUGGCGGUGGCGGUUGUGGCCUGGCAGGCGGACAUGUACCCGGAUGCCCUCGCCAGCAGCUUUGGUGCUGUGGCUUGGCUGCUCCACGCGGGCGCGGUGGCAGCCCUCCCGCGAGGGAAGAGAGGGCCUCGACCACUGACCUUUUCGGUACUCCUGGGUGUCCCUUACCUGGUCUUCACCUUCAUGUUCUACCUCAAAAGAAUCCUGCCCGUGACGCCGCCUGACCCCCUCCAGUUAACCCGUUUGGUGCUGGUCGCCAUCCAGGUGUUCUCUGUUCCACUUUAUCUCCUGGGAGCGGCGAGUCCUCUGCCACAAGGACCUGUGUUACACAUCCAAGACGAGGCUGGAUUGCCGCUGAUUACUGAGGAGGACACCGGAAAUAUGGUGGCGGAGGACGGUAGCAGCUGCUUUUCCCGCCUUUUCUACCUCUGGUUGACACCUCUCCUACAGCGGGGGCGGCGGGGCGAGUUGGAUCGGGCAACCCGUGUAUACCACCUUCCCCGCCGGUUACGCACCUCCCUCAUCCGCCGACAUUUCCAUCAAAGCUGGGCGGUGUGUCAAAGGGGGACUGCAAAUCACGGAACGGCAGCGCCCGAUCCGUGGCCUCGGCCCGUCCCCAACUUUCAGGAGGAACUGCCCGAGCUCGAGGGGGACGUCAGCCUGCUGCGCGUCCUGCACGUCGCCUUUGGGGGGCGUUAUUACGCCCUAGGUGUAAUGAAGCUGGCUGUGAAUAUGCUGAGGUUCUGCGGGCCUCUCCUGCUGAGCCUCUUGGUGGGCUUCAUGGAGGACGCGAAGGCCCCGGUCAGCAGGGGUGCCUGGUACUGCGUCGCCCUCUUCGCCAGCGCCCUCUUCUGUGCCAUCCUCCAGAAUGUUUUUGCCUUCCAGGUUUCCAAGGUGGCGCUGUCCGCCCGCGCCGCCCUGGUGUCAGCCAUUUACAGCAAGGCGCUGCGAGUGGGCGGGGCUGAUCUGGCCCGCCUGGCCUUGGGGGAGGUUGUCAACCUGAUGAGCGCCGACACGGACCGUGUGGUCAACUUUUUCAACAGUUUCCACGAGCUGUGGAGCCUUCCUUUCCAGCUCGCCAUCGCCCUCUACCUCCUCUACUUGCAGGUGGGCGUGGCCUUCCUGGGUGGGCUUGGAGUGGCCUUGCUGUUGGUCCCUUUCAAUAAGUUUCUGGCGUCUCGCAUCCUCAGCAACAAUCAAGACAUGCUGCGUUACAAGGACGCCCGUGUUAAGUUGAUGACUGAGAUCCUGUUUGGGAUCCGGGUCAUCAAGUUCUACAGCUGGGAGGCCCACUUUUCCCAUAAGGUGUCUGAAUGUCGCCGCGGGGAGCUGGCCCACCUCAAGGCGGUCAAGUAUCUGGACGCCAUGUGCGUGUACACGUGGGCCGCGCUGCCCGUGCUCAUCUCCAUCCUUACCUUCCUCACGUUUGUGCUCCUGGGAAACCAGCUCACCGCCGCCAAGGUGUUCACUACCUUGGCUCUAGUAGGAAUGCUGAUAGUUCCUCUCAAUGCGUUCCCUUGGGUGCUGAACGGCAUCCUGGAAGCCAAGGUGUCCCUGGAGCGCAUCCAGCGCUUCUUCAAACUCACCAACCAGGAUCCACAGGCCUACUUUGCCCUGGUGUGGCCUGAAGAUGAUCGCACGGCGGUGCUGUUGAGUCAGGGGACAUUCAGCUGGAAGGGGCCCCAAGACAACACUGAAAGGGAACACGGCACACUCUCUGGAGGUCUGCUGGUACUGCACAACCUCAAUCUGAACAUAAGAAAGGGGUCCUUGACCGUAGUGGUUGGCAAGGUGGGAUGCGGGAAGAGUUCCUUCCUGGCUGCCAUCUCAGGAGAACUCAGCAGGCACAGCGGCGUGGUUUACGUGGCUGAUCGUGAACGCGGCCUGGGUUUGGUGACGCAGGAGCCGUGGAUCCAGCACGCCUCCGUGAGGGACAACAUCCUGUUUGGCAAAAGCUAUGACGCUUCCUUCUACCGGGCUGUGGUGGAGGCCUGCGCUCUGACCGACGACCUCGCUAUUUUGCCGGACGGUGACCGCACCGAAGUGGGCGAGAACGGAGUCACCCUGAGUGGGGGUCAGAAAGCCCGAUUGGCCCUUGCCAGAGCAGUUUACAUGGAUAAAGACGUGUACCUCCUGGACGACCCGCUGGCUGCGGUGGAUGCUCAGGUGGCUCGUCACCUCAUGCGUAACUGCAUUCUGGAGCUGCUCGCGGGAAAGACAAGAAUCCUUUGCACUCACCGCAUUGAGUUGGUGAACGUUGCUGACAUGGUCGCCCUCAUGGAGAAUGGCACCAUCACCAAGAUAGGUUCGCCAGCAGAGAUCCUUCCUUUACUAGAAGCUGCACCCAAGCAACACAAUACGGAACGUGACUGCGAAAAAAAAGCAGGAAGUGAGGACGAGGAGCAGAAGAUUGCUUUCAGCGAGCUCCAUCUAGACGAUGACGUCAGCGAUCGUUCAGGGUUGGAGAAGAUGCAGGCAGGAAGCUUGUCUUGGAAAGUGUACCAAACUUAUUGGGUGGCAGUGGGUGGAGUCCUGGCCACUUCCAUUAUGAUGUCUCUACUCGCCAUGCAAGCCUCCAAGAACGUUUCAGACUGGUGGUUGUCUCACUGGAUCUCAGCGCUGAAGAGCAACUCUUCUGCCGAUAGCAACCGUUCCUGCUCCGGAUCGUUGGGCUCACCUCACCUGGUCUUGUUUACUGGCGGAAGCUUCACGUCUUCCAUGUCGCCUUUGCCCAAACCGAGCAGUGAGGUUCGCUUCUACCUGGCGGUGUACGGCGGCCUGGCAGGGGCCAACACUGUCUUUACCGCCCUGCGAGCCUUCCUAUUUGCAUAUGGCGCUAUCUGUGCUGCCACAGCCAUCCAUGACAGACUCCUGAAUCGCGUCAUUAAGGCCACGGUGAGCUUCUUUGACACGACACCGCUGGGCCGUAUCCUCAACCGCUUUUCGUCAGACGUGUACAGCGUGGACGACAGCCUACCUUUCAUCCUUAACAUCCUGCUGGCUAACGUCUUCUCCCUUCUGGGGACGCUGGCAGUGAUGAGUCUGGCGUUGCCGUGGUUGCUGCUGGCACUGCCCCCUUUGGCGCUGCUCUACUUCAGCACGCAGCGCUUUUACAGACACACCUCCCGUGAGCUCAAGCGUCUGUGCAGCGUCACGCUGUCGCCCGUCUACUCGCACUUCUCGGAGACGCUCGGCGGCCUCGCCACCAUUCGGGCCAGCCGUAGCAGCGCCAGAUUUGAGGAGGAAAGCGUGCGUCGCUUGGAGGAGAACCAACGCUGCUUGUUCCUGAGCAACGCCGCUACGCAGUGGUUGGACAUCCGUCUGCAGCUCAUUGGCGUCGCUGUGGUGACCAGCCUUGCUAUUAUUGCCGUCAUACAGCACAGCUUCAAUGUGGUUGACCCAGGGCUGGUGGGUUUGUCGCUGUCGUACGCCCUGUCCAUCACUGCGCUGCUGUCAGGCCUCAUCUCCAGUUUCACGCAGACGGAGAUGCAAUUGGUAAGCGUGGAGCGAGCUCACGAAUAUUCCAGCCAACUGCCGGAGGAACCUCAACAACAGAACCCACAAUUGGGGUUGUCUUGGCCCCAGCAUGGAAUCGUGGAGUUCCGUCAUGUCGUGUUAGCAUACAGGGAAGGUCUUCCCAACGCUUUGGAUGGUGUGAGCUUCAUAGUACGGGCCGGUGAGAAAGUAGGCAUUGUGGGCCGCACGGGCUCAGGAAAGUCUUCUUUGUUCGCGGCCCUAUUCCGCAUGGUGGAAGUAAACGGGGGAGAAAUCCUUCUGGAUGGAUUGGACGUCAGUAGUGUGGGCCUCACUCAGCUCAGGUCCAGACUGGCCAUCAUUCCUCAGGACCCCUUUCUGUUCAGCGGGACCGUCCGGGAGAAUCUGGACCCUUGCGGGCGGCACCAGGACCAGCAGCUUCUAGAAGUUCUGGACCAGUGUCACCUCACCUCAGUGGUCAAUGCCAUGGGCGGUUUGGAUGCUGAGCUUCAGGACCGAGGCCGGACUUUCUCUCUCGGCCAGCGACAGCUGCUGUGCCUAUCCAGAGCACUGCUCACUCAGGCCAAGGUUCUCUGUGUGGACGAGGCUACGGCCAGUGUGGACCAGAAGACAGAUAAACUGCUGCAGAAGACCAUUGCGGACAGAUUUCGGGAUAAGACUGUGCUUACCAUUGCGCAUAGGAUCAACACCAUCAUGGACUGCGAACGCGUGCUGGUGAUGCAUGCUGGGAAGGUUGUGGACUUCGAUAUGCCGGCAGCCCUCUGCCAGAAGGACAACUCAGUCUUCCAGCGGCUCCUCGGCGGGGAGGGAAAGACAGCGGGACCAAAAAAGAACAUUUGACCACCGUUUGAUUUUUUUCAGGGAUUUAUGUCACUCGCCGUGUUGACGUUUGACAUCAAACUUUGUACAAUGUGGCAUUAAAAGCCAAGUACAGUACUGGUGCAUUGACUUUCCAGUGCCCAAGUGAGUUUUAUGAGCUAUCAUAUUUUUGUUUGUAUGCAUCGUGUUGGGUAAAGACUGUAAUUACACUAUGUAAAUUUCCUUCCUUUAUAUGUUUCAUUUUGUGUUCAUACAGGACUGCCUUUUUUUAGCAGUGUUUUUCAGGUGAAUGGCAUUUAAUGAGGAAAUCUGAUUCAUGAAUUCAGAGUGGUGAAGGAAAAAAAUGAAACCAGUAAAUCAAGGUAUGGCAGUGCUUUCUGUUGGACAAUGAAGCCAUGAGUGAUGAGCUGCCUUGUCGGAAAGAAAAUAGCAAAAUAAAUGCAGAAGACUUCUUAAACCUGUAGGUGUCAAUUAUGUUGACGUGAACUUGACUUUUUAUGAAUGUUUUUGGAAUUGAUGUUAGCAAAGCAAUACAAAAAGUAUAUUUUUGUUACAUUUAUGAACGAUCAAUGGUCUUAACCUAGUCCUGGAAUAAAUGCACCAGAUCUGAAAAUGCCCAAAUCUGAUUUAAAAAUUCUCAAACUGGAUCCUAAGGGGCUUAAUUUGGAAUUGACUGAUCUAAAAAUCAAAGUUGGCUUGGUCCCAACAGGAAUAAAUGACAAUCAAAUUAAUAUCAUUGACGAAAUCUGUUUCAUAAAUGCGUUGUCACAAUAAAAAAAAAAAAUAAUAAAAAUAAAAAAAAAACAGUACGUCAAGGUAUUGCCCUACUUCCUGUUGGACAAUGACGCAGUUAGUAGCGUUGCGACGGCACACGUGCAAGAUGUUGUUGCUUGGCGUCGCCAUGGAGAUGCCCACUUCCUGUCUUGUGAGUCACACAGGCCAGUUAGCACAAAGUACAAAGGAGUGGUGAGAUGUACUGGUUGUAGGAAAGGAAAU